CCAUUAUGUUAUCAUCUGGGUACUUCUUGAUCACUGGAGGCUUGAGAACAUAGCUGAAGCUGCUACUUCAUACCCUGAGGCUGAAGGAGCAGACAAGAGGCUUGAACCUUGAGGUGGGUCGUUAACUCUAAGAUGUCCUUGAGCAGUGGAGCUGCUGGAGGGAAAGGAGUGGAUGCAAACCCAGUUGAGACAUAUGACAGUGGGGAUGAAUGGGACAUUGGAGUAGGGAAUCUCAUCAUUGACCUGGAUGCGGAUUUGGAAAAGGACCAACAGAAAUUGGAAAUGUCAGGCUCCAAGGAAGUGGGUCUGCCAGCACCGAAUGCUGUGGCGACAUUGCCAGAGAACAUCAAGUUUGUGACCCCAGUGCCAGGUCCACAGAACAAGGAAGGCAAAUCCAAAUCCAAACGGAGUAAGAGUAGCAAGGACAAUGGCAAGGCUGCCCCAGGAUCCUCCCUAUUCACGCCAAGUGAAGGGACUAGUGGCAAGAAGGAGGUUCAAGGGCGCUCUGGGGAUGGUGUGAACUCUGGUGGCUUGGUGGCUACCAUUGCCCCAAAAGGCUCUGAGAAAUCAGCCAAGACUUCUCGCAGUGUGGCAAACUCAAAGAAAGAGAAGGAAGGUGGUUCUUCCAAGAGUAAGAAAGAAAGGAGUGAGGGUGUGGGUGCUCCAGCAGAAAAGGAGCCCACUGUACUCCAACCUCUUGCCUUGGCAGUCAGGGUUGGGCAAUACGAUGGUGGCCAAGGAUCUGAUCCUACUGCUGCUGCUGAGCAGCUUGGAAGUAUAGCUAUUGACACAGGAUCUGCACUCAAUCCUUUGGGAGUUAAGUCAGAGCUGGAAGAUGGUGACAGUGAGUGCCGACAGCUCAAAAAAGUCAAAUCGGAGAAGAUGGAGUCUCCCGUGUCCACCCCUGCAGUGCUACCCCUGCAUCUUCUUGUCCCUGUUGUUAACAGUGAUAUCUCAUCACCAUGUGAACAGAUAAUGGUACGCACUCGCUCUGUAGGGGUGAACACCUGUGAUGUGGCACUAGCUACUGAACCAGAGUGCUUGGGCCCCUGUGAACCUGGCACCAGUGUCAAUCUGGAAGGCAUCGUAUGGCAGGAGACAGAAGACGGCAUGCUGGUGGUGAAUGUUACCUGGAGGAACAAGACUUACGUGGGGACACUAUUGGAUUGUACACAACAUGAUUGGGCACCACCCAGAUUCUGUGACUCUCCUACCAGUGACUUGGAGAUGCGGAAUGGUCGAGGGAGAGGCAAGCGUGUGCGUCCCAACAGCAACCCUCCAAUGACCGAAAGCACAACCGCCUCGGAUACCAAAGGGACCAGCAAUAGUAGCAAGACUCGGGCAGGGACCAACAGCAAGGGACGCCGAGGCAGCCAGAACUCCUCAGAGCACCGCCUCCCACCCAGUGGCACUUCUGAGGAGGUCAAGGCCAGUCCCUCAUCAGUGACCAAGCGAAAAAGCAAGCCCCUCUCUGAUAUGGAAGUGAAUUCCAGUUCUGAGGACUCAAAGGGAAGCAAACGUGUUCGCACAAACUCAAUGGGCUCAACGGCUACACCUUUAGUUGUGGCGGCGGCAGCAGCUGCAGCAGUAGCCACGACAGCCAUCAAAGUAGAACCUGCCAUUUUGGAUAGGAACUGCCCCUCUCCUAUACUCAUUGACUGCCCCCAUCCAAACUGCAGCAAAAAAUACAAGCACAUUAAUGGGCUCAAGUAUCAUCAGGCCCAUGCACACACUGAUGAUGACAGCAAGCCUGAGGCCGAUGGGGAUAGUGAGUAUGGAGAGGAAUCAUCUCUUCCAGCUGAUUUGAGCAGCUGCAAUGGUGCUUCUGUUAGCCAGAAGGGCUCUCUUUCACCAGCCCGUUCAACUACUCCUAAAGUGCGACUGAUAGAACCACACAGUCCCUCAUCGUCAAACAAGUUCAAUCUCAAAGCUGCUUGCAAGAAGAAAUUAGGUGCUGAAGGAGAUCCUGAUUCUGGUGCUCUUUCCAAUGAUGGUUCUGAGGAUGGUCCUUUGGUACCUGAUGAGACAAGCAAUGAUGGCUUUGACUCAGUGGAGAAGAGGACCAGUGACAAAGAAAAGACUAAAAAGCUAGUUAGCAUCAAGCCCGAGAAGAUAACUUCAAAGAGCAUCAAGUCUGCCCGACCUAUAGCACCAGCCAUUCCACCUCAGAUCUAUACUUUCCAGGCAGCCACAUUCACUGCUACUAGCCCUGGCUCCUCCACAGGUCUCACGACUACAGUCGUUCAGGCCAUGCCUAACAGCCCCCAGUUAAAGCCUAUUCAGCCUAAGCCAACCGUAAUGGGUGAGCCUUUCACAGUCAGCCCAACGCUUACCCCCGUCAAGGACAAGAAAAAGAAGGACAAGAAGAAAAAAGAAUCCAAGGAAGUGGAGAGUCCCUUGACUCCUGGGAAAGGGUGUCGGGCUGAGGAAGGCAAGAGCCCCUUCCGGGGUGAGCCCAGUGAUCUUGGGGCUAAGGGAGAGGGCCUUCUGAACGGUUCCUCUGACACCCACCAGAGUCGCCUUGCCAGCAUCAAGGCCGAGGCAGAUAAAAUCUACAGUUUCACUGACAAUGCCCCAAGCCCAUCCAUUGGGGGGGGCAGCCGGCUAGAUAGUACAGCACCCACACAGCCCAUGACUCCACUUCAUGUGGUCACCCAAAAUGGGGCUGAAGCUAGCUCUGUGAAAACGAAUAGCCCAGCCUACUCUGACAUCUCAGAUGCAGGGGAGGAUGGUGAAGGGAAGCUGGAGAGCAUGAAGGUAAAGGACCCUGAUCAGAUUGCCAAGGAAGGGGCCAAAAAAGCCCUCUUUCCCUCUCAGCCUCAAAACAAGGAAUCUCCUUAUUACCAAGGUUUUGAGGCUUACUAUUCACCAGGCUAUGCACAAUCAAGUCCCAGCCCCAUUAAUCCCAGCAACCCAACUUCCAUAGAUAGUCAGGCCCUGAAGUUGAAGAAAGAUGAAGAGCCACCAAGCCCAGAGGUAAAGGUGAAGAAUGAGGCUUGUGAGGAGAAGAAGGCAGAGCUGGGCCCCUCGAGCCAGCAGCCAUCUGUCAUACAGCAGAGGUCCAAUAUGUACAUGCAGUCGCUCUACUACAACCAAUAUGCCUAUGUGCCUCCCUAUGGCUACAGCGAGCAAGGCUACCAUGCCCACUUGCUCAGCACUAACCCAACCUAUCGGCAGCAGUAUGAAGAUCAGCAAAAGCAGCGCCAGAGCCUGGAGCAGCAGCAGCAGCGUGGGCUGGACAAAAAAGUAGACCUGGGGCUGAAGGAGAGAGAGGUGGGACUCAAGGAGGAGUGGAAGCAGAAGACUUCUCUCCCACCCACUCUGACCAAAGCACCCAGCUUAACUGACUUGGUCAAACCUGGACUAAAUAAGACCAAGGAUCAAGGCACCGAUGUGACCAAGUCAGUCAUUAUCCCAAAAUUGGAGGACUCCUCAAAACUCCAAGGCCAAACUAUAGAAGGCCUCAAGGGAAAAUUAAGUGAAAGCCAUCUUGGAAAAGAGACUGCAGAAUCAAAGGCAGGUUUGGACUGUGGCCGGCAAGCUGAGGUGGAUCCGGUACUUUGGUACAGACAGGAAGCCGAGCCCCGCAUGUGGACGUAUGUUUACCCUGCUAAAUAUCCUGACAUCAAAACAGAGGAUGAGCGGUGGAAGGAAGAGAGGGAGCGAAAGUUAAAGGAGGAGAGGAGUCGUGGUAAAGAAUCCAUUGUGAAGGAAGAUGGGAAAGAGAGCACCAACUCUGAUUGCAAAAUGCCCUCCAGCGAGGACUCACGCUUAGUGGGAAAAGAAGCCAGAUCUGGCACGCAUGUACCCGUGUCCUCCCCCCUCAGCCAGCAUCAGUCCUACAUCCCAUACAUGCAUGGCUACUCCUACAGUCAGUCGUAUGACCCCAACCAUCCCAGUUAUCGUGCCAUGCCAACAGUCAUGAUGCAGAACUACCCAGGCUCUUACCUUCCCUCCAGCUACUCGUUCUCCCCAUACGGCAGCAAAUCCUCUGGAAGCGAGGAGAGUGAAAAAUCUCGAGCUAGUCCUAUUAUCGGCUGCAAAUCCAGCUCCGAAUCCAAGGCCCUAGACAUCUUGCAGCAGCACGCCAGCCACUACAAGAGCAAAUCCCCAACGAUAAGUGAGAAGGCCUCUCAGGAGCGCGGUGGCUGUGGGGUAGGAGGAAGCAACACAGGCUGCAGUGGUGUAGGGGGAGCCAGUGGUGCUGAGAGAAGUGUUGACCGGCCCCGCUCCUCUCCUUCACAGCGUUUGAUGUCUACGCAUCACCAUCAUCACCACUUGGGCUACUCGUUGCUCCCAGCCCAGUAUAACCUGCCCUAUGCAACAGGUCUUUCAUCUACAGCCAUUGUUGCCAGUCAGCAAGGUUCUGCUCCUUCCCUGUAUCCCCCGCCCCGAAGGUGAAAAUGGACAUGACUGAUAAGGUAACCUGGGCUGUACCAAGACAUGUGACUGGCUCACAUGAGGAACCGCUGGAAACUGCAUUAGACAUCAGUUGAAUGGUGUUGAUUGUUCUGCUUGAUGGUCCUGCCACAGUGUGAUGCAGACUCUGCCCCUCCCCCAUUGAACACAUGCUGAGCCCCGUAUGAGUGAGUUAUGGAGCUGGGACUUGCCGAAAUAUUUAUUCAUCUGACUUGGGGUGACUGGCUGUUUUCCAGAACUCUUCUGGGAAAGAGGACGGUGAUGGUGGGCCAAGCAGUGACAUCACAGGACCUUUGGAAAAAUGAUGGGGAGGAGGAGCACGCUAGUUCUGAGUUCCACUCACAGCUCCCUUGUUCCUGGGCUGCAGCCAAGGAAGCUACUCCAGAGUUGGGUGAAGAGAACAUCCAGAUUGUGGGUUUGGGGUUCUUUUUUAAUUUUUCACUGGUGAGAAGUAGUCACCUGGCACAAGCAGGUAGGUGGACUCUCGCAAAGAGCACCGGAAAGAGGCGGCUCUCCUGCCUUACACGCCGGCCUGGGAAACUGUGGGGGAAGCACGGAGGCCACACGGCCUGCUGUGAGCCCGAGUCAGCUGUAAGUUUCUCUGUCGGGAACAGUUACUGACCUUCUCUGUAGCACUUUGCCUCGGGCCUGCUGCUCCCCUAAAAGGCCCUCCCACCAGCUGUUUUUCUAACCCCUCUCCCUGCUGGCAGGACUUGUGUGUUGCAGCAGCAGAAGCUGCUUUGCUCCACAGCACAAACAGCCUCUCAGUGCUGCCUACAAUAUGGCCUUUGGGCAGGCUGGCCCUGCUUCCGUCCGGUCUCCGCUGCGGCUCAGCAGUCAGGUUGCUCCUCUCUGCUUGAAGGGUGUCACCCGUCUUCCCCAGCCCUUUACCUAAAGGAAGAAAGCCUUGCUUCCUUAGUGAGGUUGUGUUGGCAGGGCUGCUUGAUUUUCAGGCAUUUCCCAUGCCUGCAAAAUCAUCCCUUCCCUGCAUGGAACGCAGCGAGGUCUGCCCAGGCCCUGCGGUUUUGAAUAUAGGCAAGUUUGACCUUGCUGAGGCAAGGAGGGUAUGUCUAGCAACAGGCUGUCUGCCUGUCAAACCCUGCUGCAGUUACGGCUUCUACGAGGGUAAGCGGUCGAGAAGCAAUUCCCUCCUGCUAAACGCCCCACAGGCUGGUGACAUUGCUAGUUUCUGUGCAGAGCAGAGGCUGUUUCUGCGUAUUGCAGGAUCGCUGCCCGGCUUUCUCAUUCCCCAUCCCUUGCCAUUGUUUUCGACAGACACUUCUGACUGGAACUCUGCCCGUGUUUCCUGCAGACCUGUCGGUUGGAAUGGUAAGGGGCAAGGUCUUGCCCUGCCUAGCUGACUCAUAAGGAAUGAGUGCUGUAUGUCUGUCCCAGCAGUGCAAGUUCCCAGCUCUGUCUUUCUGUUCCUGUCUGUAUGUUGCGCGAGGCCACUCUCUGCCUCUUGGACUUUGUAUAUACUGUAAAAAGGAAUUGUUUGAAAUUUGUCGGGUUUUUUUUCUUUCCCAGUUUGAGAUCUCGCAGCUUCAUAAAAGUAGCUGGGGGCGGGGGUGCGGGCAGCAGGCAGAAGAGACUGCUUAUUCCUGGCACAGUCUCAUUCGACAGCAGCUCCCACUGUCUUAAAGCACACCGUGAUCUUUGGCUCAGGAAGCAAUUGCAGCAUCCUCUCCGCCUUUCUGGCACUUGCCAUUCAAGAUCUUCUCCAGGGAGGGCUUCCAAGAGUUGCCUUUAGUGUCCUGUGACCUCUCUCACCCAAACUUGGGUUUGGGGAUCAGAGGUCAUCACAGGAUGACCUUGAAGGCAAGAACAUUUCUUUGAGGUUGCAGCCUUUUCUUACCAGCAUAUCGUCCUGUAAGAACGUUCACUAUUAGGUUUACUGUUCAAAAUCUGACAUGAAGUAUCAGUUCUCUUGGCUUUGUUAAUGCAUUGCUCAAGUAGGCGCAAAAUAUGACUGCCAAAAUGUGAGCUGUGCAGCUCCUGUAUCUGUGACAAGGAAAGAGGUGCAGCAUCAGUGAGUAAACCUCAGUGCUAUCUACUUUGAGUUAAAGGGGAGCCUUUACAGAAGCACCACUUUGUAGCAAGCUCUUGUAAAUGGGAUAAGGAAUAGCUUGACUUCUCUUCCAUGCCCAACUUUCUUUAUGCUCCUGACCUUACUAGGUAAGGUAUUUGUAUAAGAAAUGCCCUACCUCAGCAGCAGGAUCCUUGCCCUGUUGGGUGCAUGCAAAGCCUCGGCCUUUUGUUUGUAUUGGUGUUAGUGUAUUGCUGUUGUUUUUUUAAAAAAUACAGAUAGUCAUAUUUGUGUAAAAAAUUAUUUAAAUAACAUUAGUCCACCCCCCAAACUUGUGAUAAGGGCUAGAAAUGUGCUUUCAGGUUCAAAGCUGCUUCUGCAGUUGUGCAGGAUACAGAGAGGUCAAGCAUUCUGGCCUGAGUAGCUAGAUCAGUCUAGUAAGCAGACAGUUCUUCAUAGUCUACUGUUCACUAGGUUGUAUUUUUCCGCUUUGCAAAACUUCCUGAGUGAAGAGUUGAAACCAAAGAUAUAGUCAAGAGGAAACCAUAAGCCAAUGUAAAGAGCAGGGGUGGAAAUGGUGGAAAAAUGUUUCACACUACCACCUCAAAUGUUUACAUCUCACAAAGCAAAUAAUUUAAUGUUUGGCCCUUUCCAGUGAUGUUCUACAGAUAAAUAGGACUGCACGAUAGGAAUGAUGGGUCUUGAUUUCAGCUCUUUGGGUAAUAAGGCAGUCUGAGGAUGUGCCUGACAACUGAAUAAUAGGUGACAUUUCUUCCGUCUUUAAUGUAAAGACUUCAGUUGUUGCAUGGCUUUUAACAUAGGUCAUAAGCAAAGAGCAAAAAAGUAAAGAAACCUGUGCUAGGUUAAUAGGGCAUGUCUGUCUCCCGAACCCUCCCAAAAAAGGCUUUUGGACCAAGGCACUAUAGGAUAUUUUAUUGACCCAUCUAAUACCAACUUCAAGGAAGCCAUAACAAGCUAAGAAUAUUCAUGAGUAUCAACCCUAUUCUGCAAAUUGGGUAUCAUUAUGGCUAAAAUUUAAAUUUAGCAAAAGUCUGUCUAAAUGAGGUUUCUUGUUUCUCCACAGGAUGAGAUAAAUAACAAAUGAGGGGAAGAGAAUUUGGUAGUACUAGUGAAUAUUUUUAUUCUCUGCCAAAUAUGAACCUUCCUAGAUAGGGUAAGCUUACUUGUAAUUAAGUAUACUUGGGGCAAACAGCUUCACUGAGGAGAGGAAGUUAAAUUUCCCCCUUUUCCUCAAAAAUUGCAUUUUGAAUAGUCCUUGGUCAAAGACUCUGAAUUUCAUUGGACUGAUAUUUCCUGGGUUCAGUAGAAAUGUCCUCAUGUGUGGUUUUGUCCCUAUAGAUCUAACUCAAAGAUGAGUUGGACAACAGAAUCUACUUGCUGAAAGCACUUCUUAUAAUGCAUUGGAGCAAAAGAAAAUGGAAACAUUAUCAAGCUUAAAUUAAAAAGGCCACAAUUCUUUUAUAUUGGGUAGAACUCUGAAAAUUGAUAAGCACAUACAUUUUAAAAUUAAGAGGCCAAUGUAAUUCAGGAUCUAGCUGGCCUAUGCUUGUUUCCACAAACAGUAGUCAUAUUGUUGGUUUUAUGUAUCAUUCAAAGCAACCAAAGACAAAGCACACCCAAUAAAGCAAGCAGAACUCAUUUCAAAUGGUUAGGCUCCAUUUUAGAUGUCCUAACUUGCAGGGGUAACACAUUUGAAAAUUGUCUAAAUACAGUUUAAGAAAUUUAAGUAGCCAUAUCCGCCUAGAUUAUAAAAAGUAUGGUGAAUGUAGAACCCAGUUUUACCUAGUGGUAGUCUGUCCAAGUGGCAUACAGCUCUUUGGUAAAGGAGAUGCUGAUUCUCUCAUGUCACAAGUUUUCCAUUAACUAGACAGUGCAGAUGAAAUUGCUUAUCAAACAGCCAGGUAACCCUAAAUCAUAAACCUAUGUAAGAAGUUGGAUCUUCCCUUCCAAUAUUAAUAGUGCCAGUUGUCAGCCCAAUAAAUUUUCAGCGUAUGGCUAAUAUUCAAGCCUACAGUUGUGAGAUCUAACAUUUUACAAGUGAAAAUUGUGAGAGGA